UUUGCUUCACUUCUAAAAGAGACUAAAGCAUGCCCCCGAAAAAGGGUAAGAAGGGAGGGAAAAAGCAGGAUGAAGAUUGGGGGGAUGAUGAUAAGACUAUUGAAGAGAAGAUGACGAAUUUGAUAAUGAACGAUGACAGGGAUAACAAUUCCGACGAGGAAGAAAAGAAACCUGAGACGAAAACUGCGCCGUCCAGCAAGCCUAAGAAAAUGAGCAAAAAGGAAAAGGCCAGAAAAAUGGCGGAGAAAAUAUUGACGGAAAAUUCGUCGGAGGACGGUGACAGCGACUCCGAAGAAAGCGUAAAGAAAAGCAAAAAGAAAGAAAAAAAGAAAGAUGACUCUGAUGAAGAUGAAAAUACCGGCAGCGACCAAGAAAGUGAUGAGGAAGAUGAGAAACAAAAGAGUAAAGCGAAAACGCUAACACACAAGGAAAAGAAGGCGCUUGAAAAGAAGAAGAAGUUUGAGGCGGAGAUGGACAGAAUCACCAAGAAGGGCGGUGAGGGUCACUCCGCCUUGGAUGCAAAUUUCACAGUUGCGCAGGCAUUCAAAACAGGGGCUGCGCUCACACAGAUGGAGAACGCUGUGGAUAUAAAGAUUGACAAGUUCUCUAUUGCCGCGAAGGGGAAAGAUUUAUUCACCAAUGCCAGUCUUCUCAUCGCUCAGGGUAGAAAAUAUGGACUUGUGGGUCCCAAUGGUCAUGGUAAAACAACCCUUCUUCGUCAUAUAGGAAACCGGGCUCUUCAGAUUCCGCCUAAUAUUGAUGUCCUGUACUGCGAGCAGGAGGUUGGAGCUGAUGAACGAUCAGCUCUUCAAACUGUUCUUGAUGCUGAUGAGAAGAGAACUGCUCUACUCAAGGAGGCAGCAGAACUAGAAAGGCAACAGGAUAAGGGAAAGAAUGUAGCGGAUGAACUGACGGGGGUCUACGAGGAACUCCGUGCUAUCGGAGCAGACCAGGCGGAACCUAAAGCUAGGAGACUCCUCGCUGGUCUUGGUUUCGACAAAGAGAUGCAGGAUAGAUCAACCAAUAAGUUCUCUGGUGGAUGGAGAAUGAGAGUAAGCUUGGCCCGAGCACUUUUUAUUGAACCUACUCUUCUAAUCCUAAAUNUCUUGUUCUUGUUCUUGUUCUUGUUCUUGUUCUUGUUCUUGUUCUUGUUCUUGUUCUUGUUCUUUUUGUAUUAUUCUUCAGUUUCUCACGACCAGAGUUUCUUGGACAAUGUGUGCACAGAUAUUAUUCAUUUAGACCAGUGCAAACUUUGGUACUAUAAAGGAAACUACUCUAUGUUUAAGAAAAUGGAGAUCCAAAAGCGACGAGAAAGGUUGAAGGACUAUGAGAAGCAGGAGAAGAAGUUGAAGGAACUCAAGGCCUCUGGAAGCAGUAAAAAGAAGGCAGAGAGUAAACAGAAGGAAGCAUUAACAAGGAAGCAGCAAAAGAACCAGACGAAGCUACAUAAAAACGAUGACGAGGAUACAGGCCCAACAGAACUUCUGGAACGUCCGAAGGAGUACAUCGUCAAAUUCAGAUUUCCAGAGGUUUCACAACUCCAGCCACCAAUCCUUGGUCUUUAUAACGUCAGUUAUAACUACCCUGGCCAGCCGAAACUAUUUAAGAAGGUUGAGUUUGGUAUUGAUAUGGAGUCCAGAGUUGCGAUUGUUGGACCCAACGGGGUCGGGAAGUCCACCUUCUUGAAACUGUUGCUGGGUGACCUUGAACCCAUCGAGGGGGAGGCCAGGAAAAAUCUUAGGUUGAAGGUUGGUCGGUUUGACCAGCACUCAGGAGAGCAUCUAACAGCGGAGGAGAGUGCUGCAGAAUACUUGAUGCGACUGUUUAACUUACCCUUAGAGAAGGCCAGGAAACAGCUUGGUUCAUUUGGAUUACAGUCGCACGCGCAUACUGUCAAGAUGAAGGAUCUAUCAGGAGGUCAAAAAGCACGCGUUGCGCUUGCCGAGCUGACCCUCUCCGCUCCUGAUGUCAUUAUUCUUGACGAACCGACAAACAAUCUUGACAUUGAAAGUAUUGAUGCAUUGGCCGAGGCCAUAACUGAAUAUGAAGGUGGGGUAAUCAUUGUUUCUCACGACGAACGAUUGAUCCGAGACACGAACUGCCAGCUCUGGGUGAUCGAGGAGCAGGGGAUCAGUGAGAUCGACGGAGGGUUCGACGAGUACCGUAAGGAGGUGCUGGAGGAGCUUGGAGAGGAAGUUUUCAAUCCAUCAGUUAUCGCCAACAAAGCGAUCGAACAGUAGAAGUGAUCAUUUUUUUAUUAAGCUUGGUGACUAUACUUUAUUCUAGGGAACGGUUCUCUUGAUUAUUGUAUAUUAUGCUUUGUGAUAAAGGUGCAGGAUAAUAAAUAUAUAUUCUUUCAUCUA